UGGUGUCCCGGAUGAAGCUAAUCAAGUCGGCUCUUCCCAACUGUUUUGACAGAGGGGACAUUGGUGAGACGUCAACAAGGACCCUAGGCUGGUUGCAGCCAAGCCAACUAAAAAGAGAUGUCCGUCUGUUAAAAGAUGGUCGCUGGACACAUUCAUACAAUUUGGAAUACACACCUGCAUAUAUAGUCGUUCUUAUUGGAGGUUCAGUAGGUGUGUGAGGAGGGAUGCCUGUAGAAAGUGGAAGCAGUGCUGCCGCCCGUCAGGCCAAACAGAAGCGCAAGUCCCACAGCCUGUCCAUCCGCAGGACCAACAGUACCGAGCAGGAACGCACAGGCUUGCAGAGAGACAUGCUGGAGGGACAGGAUUCCAAACUGCCCUUGUCAUUGAGGAGCAAUCUUCUGGACCUGUUUGGCCAGAUUGAGAGGGAGUUUGAAAACCUGUACAUUGAAAACAUUGAGUUGCGCAGAGAGAUCGAAACCCUCAAUGAUCGCUUAACGGCUGAAGGUCAAACCAUUGAAGGGGGAGACCUCACCAAGGGAGCGCUUAAAGCAAAAGCGAGUCAUAGCACAAGCCAACUGUCUCAAAAACUGAAGACCACCUACAAGGCUUCUACAAGCAAGAUUGUGUCCAGUUUCAAAGCCACCACAUCCAGGGCCGUGUGCCAGUUGGUGAAGGAGUACGUGGGCCACAGGGAUGGCAUCUGGGACCUGAGUGUCACCAGGACCCAGCCCGUGGUGCUGGGGACCGCAUCAGCAGAUCACACUGCUAUGCUGUGGAGCAUUGAGACGGGGAAAUGCCUGCUCAAAUACGUGGGUCACCAGGGAUCAGUCAACUCUAUAAAGUUCCAUCCCACUGAGCAGAUGGCUCUUACAGCCUCUGGUGACCAGACGGCCCAUAUCUGGAGAUACAUGGUGCAGCUCCCCACCCCUCAGCCUGUGGCAGACAUCAGUGUGCCCUGCGAGGACGACAUCGACUUCUCGGACAAGGACGAGGCGGAGGGAGACGCGGAGGGCCCUAACGAGUGUCCGUCUGUGCGCGUGGCCAUGACCACCCUCAGGAGCCACCAGGGCGUGGUCAUCGCCGCCGACUGGCUGGUGGGGGGCAAGCAGGUGGUCACUGCCUCCUGGGACCGCGCUGCCAAUCUCUACGACGUGGAAACGUCCGAGCUGGUCCACACUCUGACCGGCCAUGACCAGGAGUUGACUCACUGCUGCACCCACCCUACCCAGCGCCUCGUGGUCACCUCAUCCAGAGACACUACCUUCCGUCUGUGGGACUUCAGAGACCCCUCCAUCCACUCUGUCAACGUGUUCCAGGGCCACACCGACACGGUGACGUCAGCGGUCUUCACCGUGGGCGACAACGUGGUGUCGGGGAGCGACGAUCGCACCGUCAAAGUGUGGGACCUGAAGAACAUGAGGUCACCGAUCGCGACCAUCCGCACAGACUCGGCGGUCAACAGGAUAAGCGUGUCAGUGAACCAAAGAAUCAUAGCUCUUCCUCACGACAAUCGUCAAGUCCGACUGUUUGACAUGUCUGGAGUGCGGCUGGCUCGACUCCCACGCAGCAACAGACAGGGCCACCGGCGCAUGGUGUGCUGCUCCGCCUGGUGCGAGGACAACGCCUCCUGCAACCUGUUCAGCUGCGGCUUCGACCGGCAGGCCAUCGGCUGGAACAUCAACAUCCCGGCCCUGCUGCAGGAGAAGUGAAGAGGGGGGACGGACCUGGGGAGGCUCUGGGCCCCCAGCCUGGCCCCCCCAGCCUGGCCCCCCCAGCCUGGCCCCCCCAGCCUGGGCCCCCCAGCCUGGGCCCCCCAGCCUGGCCCCCUGUGCUCACUGAGACCCCCCCCACCACCACCCCCCAUGCUUCAGCGCUCCCACAGCCACCCUCUGGUAGGGAGGAGGGGGCGGGGGGGCUCCCCCUGCUGUUGAGUGUUCUCACAUGUUCUCGGGCCCCUUCCCCUGCACACCCAACAUGUGUUUUGAGUGUGUGAACGACGUGUGGUUUCUCCCAACUUUGCACCUCACCUGCCCCCCCCCCCCCCACCCCCCACCCAUGUAUAGAAAUGUGAUUUUAGGAAUUUGCUGUUUAAGAAUACAGCACAAUAAGAGAUGUCAGAUGCAGGGGAGGAGAGGUUGGCCUCACUUUCUUCAAAGGACGCUUUGACGACGUGUGUUCACAACGAUAGGCAUUUUGUUGCGACCCGUUUUAGUUAGCGAUACGCCUUGCAUACAUGCUUCGUGCCCAUCUUACCAGCUCAGACUUCGAGCUAGCCUAGCUGCAUUAAUGUGCCAUUACAGCAGACUCACAUUUUUAACUAAGUUGACCAGUCCACACACCUGUCUUCUGCAACUCAAACUCAGCACUGGUCACAAACAUGCAGUUCUGAGAAAGUCAGUGUUUGUUUGUUCAGUCAUGCACCUUUUUUUGCUGUUGUUGAAGAAACAAGCAAACGAACAAGUUGUUACAGUUUCUUGCAUUGUUGUAUUUUUUUGCCAUUGCAUAUGUUGUACAGAAUUGACACAAUCCUAAUUUUAAACAAUACAUUGUGCCAUUUUAAAAUAGUUAGGUGUACGGGGAAAGCUUGAACAGAAAUCGUCUUCAGCCGUUUCUUGCGUUGGUAAUGGUAAUUGAGUCUGAGAGCAAGGCUGUAUAAAAUUACCGUUAUGUGUAGGACUUAUGAACAAUACUAAAUGUGAUAUCUAGCCUUUUAUGGAAAGUGCCCCUAGUUGUCAAUAAUAAAAAGCUGUUACAGGGUUAGAGCAGUCAUACUUCGUAAUUGCGCUGUACUAAUUAUUGAGCAAAAUCUCGUAAGAGCGUUGUAAUGCAUUAGCUGUAAUAGCUUGUUGGCUGAGUUGUCAUGGUUUUAAUGUUUGCCAAAGCAAAGCAGAGAAACGGAUAGAAAUGUCAUUAUUACAAAUUGCGUGUGUUUGAUGGCGUGAAUAUUUAGAGCGUAUUUCAGUAUUUCAGUAUAGUCUAUUGGAAUCAUCCAAAGCUGCAGACCUUACAUUCCUGCUCUGUUGCGUGUAUCUAACUGUAAUACUAUGUAGUACUGUAUUUGUAUCUUGAAUAGACCCCAUGAGUACAGUAUUAGUAUAUAGUAGUAGUGACAUUCAGGCCAAUUAUAUAGCAGUCACAAACAAAACAUUUCCAUAACUUAGACAAAAUCAGCUACAUAAUUGAACUUUUCUUGCACCAAACCAAAUUAAUUAUUGUAAAGCUUCUCACCUGAGCACCAUUUUUACUUGAGGCACAACUGAACCAUAUGAAUUAUAAUAUAUUACCAUAGUUUUAAAGGUCGCCCAUUUAGGUUUUAUGUGUGCCGCAGCAUUUACUAGCCUGUUCAUUUCACGGGGUUGUCUUUCACAUUUAUAUUUAGUCAUUUAGCAGACGCUCUUAUCCAGAGCGACUUACAGUGAGUACAGGGACAUUACCCCGAGGCAAGUAGGGUGAAGUGCCUUGCCCAAGGACACAACGUCAUUUGGCACGGCGGGGACUCGAUCCGGUAACCCUCUGAUUGCUAGCCCGACUCCCUCACCGCUCAGCCAUCUGACUCCCCUGCUUUCAUUUGGACCCGUUUUUCAUCUAUGUUUACUAGAAGUGCACAGAAGUCCCUGACGAAAGCAGCUGCUACUUCUAAAGGGCCGUUGUUUUUUUUCUGGCAGCUGACCUAGCUGUGUUACCACGUCUUCUCACUGCUAGCAGGGAUGGAUGGCUCCAGUGUAGGAGGGCUAGUGGACAUGAGGUUGUGCAAUCAAAUGCAAACAGUGCUUCUAUCCUGUACUACUGUGUGUCUACUCUAGCAGUACCUUGCCAGGGCUAGAUUACGAAUGCUUUAUCAAUAGAUGGCUGAGUAAAUGUGGCGCAUCACUACAAGACAACUUACCUGAGACGGCAGCCCUCCUAGUAUCCUGGAUGGAAGGGAGACCGUUUACUUACAGAUCACAGAAAUAUCACCAACUAUUUGACCUGUGAAUGUGUCUUUUUAGUUUGACAGUAUUUUAUAAUGGAUUCGUUCUCACGGAACUAGGCGGAUGAGCAUUUGAAUGCUUUCUUCUUAGUUGUGUAACGUCUCUGUGCUUAGCUGACCAUGAUGUGUUUGUUUGUCAUUGUUUUGGUCACGUUUCACAUCUCAAAAUUCUCUCUCUCUUGUACAGUACAUCUUGUCCAUGUCACUGGAGAGAAAUGUCAAUAUCAACCUCCCAAACCUAUAACAACACACACUACAUUUCAGGCAGAAUCAACAGUGAAUAGCCUCGUUAACCUGUGGCAUUGUGGUGUUAACCCAAUGAUGUUUUAUGUGCAAAAAAAUGAUUCAAUUUUAACAAGGGGAACACACCACCAUGCAAGCCUCGUGAGGUGGUGAAACCAUUUUGUUGACGGACAGUUUUGUGAGAUAGCUAUGUAUAAGGAACAAGCUUCAGCUUGGGUUAUGAAUAAAAUGUGUUUCAUUCCCUCA